CUGACUGCGCACGCGCGCCGCCUCAUUUCCGGUGCUCUCUUUCGCUGGGUCGCUCGGGUCGGCUUCGGUCGCUGUCGCUCCCGCUCUCCCACCCCCGCCAACCGCCGCUUGGGCCUCUGCCGCUGCCGCGUUGCUUCCUCGAUCCCUCGAUCGUACAUCCGCCCCAAUGCAGCGCCGGGACGACCCCGCCGCGCGCAUGAGCCGGUCCUCAGGCCGCAGCGGCUCCAUGGACCCCUCCGGUGCCCACCCCUCAGUGCGUCAGGCGCCGUCUCGGCAGCCACCGCUGCCUCACCGAUCCCGGGGAGGCGGAGGGGGAUCCCGGGGGGGCGCCCGGGCCUCGCCCGCCACGCAGCCACCACCGCUGCUGCCGCCCUCGGCCACCGGUCCCGACGCGACAGUGGGCGGUCCAGCGCCGACCCCGCUGCUGCCCCCCUCAGCCACUGCCUCCGUCAAGAUGGAGCCGGAGAACAAGUACCUGCCCGAACUCAUGGCCGAGAAGGAUUCGCUCGACCCGUCCUUCACUCACGCCAUGCAGCUACUGACGGCAGAAAUUGAGAAGAUUCAGAAAGGAGAUUCAAAAAAGGAUGACGAGGAGAAUUACUUGGAUUUAUUUUCUCACAAGAACAUGAAGCUGAAGGAGCGGGUACUGAUACCUGUCAAGCAGUAUCCCAAGUUCAAUUUUGUGGGGAAGAUCCUUGGACCACAAGGGAAUACAAUCAAAAGACUGCAAGAAGAGACAGGUGCCAAGAUCUCUGUUCUGGGCAAGGGCUCAAUGAGAGACAAAGCCAAGGAAGAAGAGCUGCGCAAAGGUGGAGAUCCCAAAUAUGCCCACUUGAAUAUGGAUCUGCAUGUCUUCAUUGAAGUCUUUGGACCCCCAUGUGAGGCUUAUGCUCUUAUGGCCCAUGCUAUGGAGGAAGUCAAGAAGUUCCUAGUACCAGAUAUGAUGGAUGAUAUCUGCCAGGAGCAGUUUCUAGAGCUCUCCUACUUGAACGGAGUACCGGAGCCCUCUCGCGGACGUGGGGUGCCAGUGAGAGGCCGAGGAGCGGCACCUCCUCCUCCACCUGUUCCCAGGGGCCGUGGUGUUGGACCACCUCGGGGGGCUCUGGUGCGUGGUACACCAGUGAGAGGAGCCAUCACCAGAGGUGCCACCGUGACUCGAGGAGUGCCACCUCCACCUACAGUGAGGGGUGCGCCAGCACCAAGAGCGCGGACAGCAGGCAUCCAGAGAAUACCUUUGCCUCCACCUCCUGCACCAGAAACAUAUGAAGAAUAUGGAUAUGAUGAUACAUAUGCAGAACAGAGUUAUGAAGGCUACGAAGGCUAUUACAGCCAGAGCCAAGGGGAUUCAGAAUAUUAUGACUAUGGACAUGGGGAGGUUCAAGAUUCUUAUGAAGCUUAUGGCCAAGACGACUGGAAUGGGACCAGGCCGUCGCUGAAGGCCCCUCCAGCUAGGCCAGUGAAGGGAGCAUACAGAGAGCACCCAUAUGGACGUUAUUAAAAACACACAUGAGGGGAAAAUAUCAGUUAUGAGCAAAGUUGUUACUGAUUUCUUGUAUCUCCCAGGAUUCCUGUUGCUUUACCCACAACAGACAAGUAAUUGUCUAAGUGUUUUUCUUCGUGGUCCCCUUCUUCUCCCCACCUUACUCCAUUCUUAACUCUGCAUUCUGGCUUCUGUAUGUAGUAUUUUAAAAUGAGUUAAAAUAGAUUUAGGAAUAUCGAAUUAAUUUUUUAAGUGUGUAGAUGCUUUUUUUCUUUGUUGUUUAAAUAUAAACAGAAAUGUACCUUUUAUAAUAAAAAAAAGAAGUUGAGUAAAAAAAAAAAAAAAACACCACAAACCUGUUAGUUUCAAAAGUGACAUUGCUUGCUUUAAAGGUUCUGAAGUUUAAGGCUUGUUAACUUUCUCUUAGUUUUGAUUUGAGGCAUCCCGUAAAGUUGUAGUUGCAGAAUCCCAAACUAGGCUACAUUUCAAAAUUCAGGGCUGUUUAAGAUUUAAAAUCACAAACGUUAACGGCAGUAGGUGCCACCAUGUAAAAGUGAGCUCAGACGUCUCUAAAAAUGUUUCCUUUAAAAGCACAUGGCGGUUGAAUCUUAAGGUUAAAUUUUAAUAUGAAAGAUCCUCAUGAAUUAAAUAGUUGAUGCAAUUUUUAACGUUAAUUGAUUUAAAACAACAGCAACAACAAAAUUAGGUUUGUAAAACUGACUUUUUCAUUAUGUGGGUUUUGAAAUCUAGCCCCAGACAUACAGUGUUGAGAGAUACUUAGCGGGGAGUACAAUUUGAAGAGGUUGAUUUGGGGAGAGGGGCUGGCCACCUGGAUUGAAUUUGAUGCAGAGCUUUUUAGCCAUGAAAAACCUUUCAAUAGUAAUACUAAUAAUUAAAAUUUCAGUAUUUAAAAAGACAAAGUGUUUUGUCCAUCUGAGAUUCUGCACUCCAUGUAAAGCUCACUUGGACACUUAGAGCCACAAGCUGAUGAUUUUUUUUAAGUUGACAGUUGUCAAUAUUGAACUGUUCCCAAGGUAGUUAGUGAAGUAUGUCUCAACACUAGCAUGAUAUAAAAAGGGACACUGCAGCUGAAUGAAAAAGGAAUCAAAAUCCACUUUGUACAUAAGUUAAAGUCCUAAUUGGAUUUGUACCGUCCUCCCAUUUUGUUCUUGGAAGAUUAAAUGCUACAUGUGUAAGUCUGCCUAAAUAGGUAGCUUAAACUUAUGUCAAAAUGUCUGCAGCAGUUUGUCAAUAAAGUUUAGUCCUUUUUU